AUGAGGCGGUUGUGGCCGUGGCUCGUCUUGGGGCUGGUCGUCCCCGAGGAGGAGCCCGACAAGCAGAACUUCCAAGCCUACCCCCAGAUUACUAACCAGAACUUUAUCCGUCAGUACGUGGACGCCCACAACAACUUCCGCACCAAAGUCCAGCCCACCGCUUCCAACAUGCUGUACAUGGUGUGUCCUCGGCGCGGGGUAGAAGGAGGAAAGGGAGCCGAGGGCGUAGCCGGGGUGUGCGUGUGCAGGUAGCGGGCAGUGCCGGAUCUACCUAUAAGCGAAACAAGCUACAUAUAGUAGCAAGCAUAGGCAAACUCGGCCCUCUGGAUGUUCUGGUACUACAACUCCCAUCAUCCCUAGCUAACAGGAGCAGUGGCCAGGGAUGAUGGGAGUUGUAGUCCGAAAACAUCUGGAGGGCCAAGUUUGCCUAUGCCUGAGCUAUAGCUUAGGGCCCUGCUCUCUUGGGGGCCCCAAAAAAAAUUAAAGGGGGAAAAACAUUUCCAAAAUAUAUGAUAAAAAACUAAAUAAAACCUACAUACAGCAACAGUGUUUUGUGUUGUGUAGGCUCCUAUGAUGUAAGUAAUGCACCUGCUAGCCUGCUCCCUAAAACAUCACUGCUUUUAGAAACUUAUUAGGUCCAUAAAUUACCAUAUAGCAUCAAAAAAACAGUGACAAUUUGUUGUUGACAAAGGACAGCUGGACAUAUAAACGGCCCCAUUACCUUCAGUAGCUGAGGGCCUCAUCACACCUAAAUCCGGCCCUGGGGAAAUGUGAAUACUUCACUCCAACCAAUUGUGUCGCAAAUAGCUCGGUUCUGUUCCCCACCACCACCCAAAAAAAUAAAGCCUGCCCCUCCCAAAAAAUAAUUCCUGGCUACACCCAUGAAGGGAGCUGAGACAAUUUGCGGUGGCGCUGGAGAGGCGAAUCCCUCCCCCUGGCUUCUCCUUGGGCCCUAAAAGGGAGAAACUCCCACUGUCAUCCACUACAUCUUAAGGACAGUCAAUGAACAUUGGAUGUUUUUGAGAAGCAAACCAUGGCUGCCCUACAAGAGGGGUAGUGGGGGUGCCUGCCUCAGGCAGCCAGUGUUGGCUGUAUCGAGGGCGGUGAGAGAGUAGCAGAGAUGGGUAGAACACAGAAGUGAAUAAUAUCACUGUACUCAAACCUUGGUUUCAACUGCUAAUUUCCCACCUGGGCAGGGUCAUUGUUUAAAACUGCCAUUUUCCUUUGUGCACCUCCAUCCCUGCUUUAUUCAAACCUCUGUUGUUUUUCAAACUAUUUUCCUCUCAGUUCUCUUCAUCUCCACUUCACUUUAACUUCUGCUAUUUUAAACCACCAGUUUUCCCUUGCCAGGUCAUUCAUUGGUGAUGUGCUCCACCUACCUUACUUUGAUUCCAGGAUUGUGCUAAGGCACUACAAAUCCACCAAUGAGGGCUGUGCCAUAUGUCUUUUUUUUAUGUGUAAAGGAAGACAUUGUUUGAGAGCUGGGUGGAAAAGGUAUUGAAAGUGAAAUAUACUCGGAGUCGAGUGUGAAUUUUAUGCUCUUUAUUCAGCUCGUAGUAGCAAUGAAUGAAAUUUUCCCCAAAACGUCUAGCUAUAUAUACAUUAUUUUCACAAUGGGCCCCAUGUGAUUGGCUAAUUCCGGGCUGCUCCUGUAGGCCAAUCAGGUUGCAGAUUCACUUCUUCAAGAAGCCUGAUUGGCUGCUUCUGCAGGCCAAUCAGGUUGCAGAUUCACUUCCACCUGGAGCUGGAUUGGGUGGCUCCUGCAGACCAAUCAGACUGCUACAUUCUGGAUCCUAUUGUUCUAGGAUUCAGCUCAGUACAUAACAGAAAGAAAGACUUGUAAUCUGAAUUUUGACUGAACUGAAAAUGUGACAUCAUUACAUUUACUAGAGCUGUAUAACAAAAAUAAUUAUUAGCUGUGUGUGAUACUUUUGUAUUUUGCAGACAUUUGAUCUCGCCUUAGCUAAAAUAGCCAGAGAAUGGGGAAAGAAAUGCAUAUUUGAAUAUAACCCAGUUAAGAAUAUUCACCCUGAAUAUGCAUUUAGGCCGUUUGGAGAAAAUAUGUACAGGACACCUGCCAGAAGUAAACCAUUUGAUCCUGCUAUUCCUAUUUCAGUAUUUCAUGAUGAAGUAAUAUACUACAACUAUAGCAGCAACACAUGUGAAAUGAUAUGUAGACAUUAUCUUCAGGUAAGUUGUAUUUUUCACUGGUCAGAUUGUCAACCAUUUUUGUAUCUUCAGAAACAGAAGCACCUUAAGGUUAGGCAUUUUCCUGGCACAUGCAAAUAAUGAAUACAGCUCUUAAUCAGACACCAAAGAUUUAACAGUUAUCACCCCCAAAUUAACAGAAAUAGUAUUCCAUUUACAUGUCAACCAGGAUGAUUGAAUACUAACAUAAAACAUAAAGGUACCUUUAGCCAAAUGACAAUAAAGAGAGGAGGAGUCUGAAGAAAAACUGAAUAUUACAUAACGUAGUUUAUAUUAUAUAAUCUACUUUUUUCCAGGUUGUUUGGGCUAAUACUUAUAAAGUUGGCUGUGCUGUUAUCCUCUGUCGUCAAUCAAAAGAUGGAAGGAGGAAUAGUGCGACAUUUGUUUGCAAUUAUGGUCCAUCGUAAGUUAACGAAUGUUAAAGAGAUCCAAACUUGUGUUUACACAAAGUGUUCUAACUUGCAGAAUUGCAUGAGUAUUCACAGUUGAAUUAAGGAGCAAUCUUAACUGCUCUUUACAGAGCUACAGAGCCAUUGGUGCACCUGCAGUUCUGCCAUGCACAAUGACUGGGACAGAAAGUACAGGACAGGCAUAUCACUGUGCCAGCCUCUGCCAGCGUGUAGGUGGCAGCUCAGUCCCUCCCCACCCAUUUAAAACUGCUAUCAGUGGGAACCCCAUAGGCAUCACCCCACUGGCAGCAACUAGAAGGAAGCUGACAGGCCUGUAGGGCUGGGCAAAGGUACACCCUUGCCUAAUCCAAACCUCCCUAGCCUGGUGUAAAGGAGGUUGUAUUGCUUUCGUACUGUAUGUAUGUAUUGCGACUUUUACUGUUGAUUGCAAAGCAAACAGAAUACUCAACUGCUGUUUCCCAGCCAUUUCUAUGAUUAAUAAUUAUUUCUGUUAUCCAAAUGGUUAGACAUACAAAAUGUGAUUAAAAAGACAUUCACAAUUUUAGUUCUGUUACAACUGUAGUUUAAAAUUUUAUUCUAUUGUAAGUACCGUACUCUUCCAUGUAUAAGAUGAGGUUUUUUUUACUCUAAAAUUAUGUUCAAAAACAUGCCUCGUCUUAUACAAGGAUAGUGAAUGGGGAGGACGGGUGACUGACUGACUGCAGCUGCACGCAGGAGCUUGUCAGCGACGUUUGUUGGCUGCUAGAAGGGCUGCUUUGGAUUGGCUGCUGCUUCUCUAAUUGGGUUGGUGAUUGGCUUCUGCAGCAAACACUGCUGUUGAUUGGCUGUCGCUGCCAUGAUUGGUGGCUGCUGUUCUGGGACACACGUGAUUGCCAGUGGACAGCUUUUCUCAGUCGGGUAAGAAAUUUUUUGCUGGGGAAGGGUCUGUUUGCAAUUGGCUGUCACUCAACAACUCUGAGCCAUCUCCCCCCCCCUUUUCUUAAAUUUGAGUCCCCAAAAAUAGGGGGCGUCUUAUAGAUGGGGGAGUCUUAUAGACGGAAAAGUAGUGUGUUGUCUCCUUAGCAGGGAGGAGCCAUCGGUCAUAAAAUGCAUCCUUCUAUGAAGAAGCUUCUUGGUUCAGUCCUCAGUAUCUCCGCUUAAAUAAUCAUGUACCAGGUGCUGGCGAAAUACCUGACAUUCCAGGAGAAUCACCAAAUCAGCUUCAUGCACCCAAGAAGUGGGCUCUGGUCCAUGAAAACUUAGAUUAAAAUAUUUUUUUUACAAUGGCACUUUUUGUAGUUUUGACUACUACAGGAGACCAUUUUUUGUGUUUUUAACAGUAUUGCAAGUCACUUGGAGACCUUUAGGUAACAAGCGACUAAAGUUAAUAAAUAAUAAUACCACAGAUACCCUUUUGCAACUUUACUACACAAACCUUGUAGGUCACCAAUCCAACCCCCUACAUGAGGGCUGCACUCGCUCACAGGUGAACUUCUAGGGCAUUAUACCUACAGUGAGUGGGGCCAGAGGCAAAAGAGGGCAUGGCAGUAGAUGAAACAUUUACCUUUGCACAGUAGGCCAUGUUCCAGUGACCAAGAGAGACCCAAGCAAAUAGAUCAGUGUUGCAGAGCCAAUACUGGUGACACUGGCACUUUGACAGGGCAGCAGCAAGAUUUUGGUUAAAUGGGUGCACCAGCAAAAACACCGGAUUUACUCCACUGCUGUUCCCUCACAACCCAAUCUUGCCUUUGCUUCAUCCUCUUAAGCGGCAGUGAUGUCAGUACUGUAUCAGAAGGGUAGGUCUGCAGCACCAUACUGGUCUCUCCUGCCAGCCAUGAAAAGCCAGAGGUCUCUAUAACCUGUUCAUAUCCACAUUUCUUAGUCUUUCGGCCAGUGCAAAGCUGGAAGGGAGUGUGGCCCAGGCAGAAUUGUAAAGCCAGGAAAGGAUUAGAGGGAUGCAUUCAGCACCCAGGACUGAGGUUGUCCACUCUUCACAAUUUGUUAGCAUCUGUAACUUUUAUUAUAUUUAUCAUAGCCUUCAUUUUAAUUUUCAGUAACUUUGUGUACUUAAUUUGUUAUUACUUUAAUAAACUUUUGUUCUUCAGGAUGGAAGUUGGAAUUCAACCAUAUAAACCAGGAAGGCCAUGUAGUAACUGCCCAGGAGACAGGUGUCAAAAUAGACUCUGUAGUAAGUAUAGUGAAUGAUGCAAAUGUUCAUGAAAAAGAUUAUUUAAACCAUCAAAUAUGUUGGUUUUUGAGUUCCAUUUGUAUCACCUCUAGUAGGACAUUCUAAUGUGCUUAAGGCAUGGAACGCAGGAAAGGCGAGUAGUGUUCUGGUAUUCACCUCUUUGCUUUGUCCCAUGUCAGUCAAUCCUUUGGGAAAAGGGGAAUAAUUGUGCUUUGGUGCACUGUUGCAGUAGAGAGACAACAGUUGCUUCCUUCCUUAAUCUAGGUGACCUAGGUUCUUUUGAGAGGGAUCUCAUAGGAGGUCAGUGUCUCUGGGUGCUAUAGAGUACAAAGCUGCAUUUUCAGUCAUUCCUGAAGUGGUCCUUAAAAUAUUGUUGUCAAUACUAGUACUGAGCUAGUGUAGAGAAACAAAAGGGAACAUUCCAUUAUACUUAUUAGUAGUUCUGUUCAUGAUUCAAGAAAUCACAUUCAGAUAUUUUACUAAUUAAUUGGUGUUCAGGUUUAAAGCUUUACACAUGACUAUAUCUUAUAAAAGUAUAUGAUUGCAAGGAUACAUAGAGUGCCUUUUGAUUAGAGCAAAAGAUAAGUGAGAAAACACAGUGCUCCCUGUUGCUAGCUCAUCAAAAAUUAUUACGUAUCUGUUGGUUACUGCAUACACAAAUUAUUGUCUGUUAUUACCUGUACUUUGCCCAUGUCUCUGUGGUUUUGAAAGGUGUCUAAUGAUUGUGGUGGUAGCCACCACUGUGUACCUCUGGACAAGGUAUUACUGAAAACCAAAUAAAAUACAGUGGUACCUCGAGAUGCGAACGGGAUCCGUUCCGGAGCCCCGUUCGCAUCCCGAAUGGAACGCAAGAUGCAACGGCGUGCAUGCACGGGUCACAUUUUGCCGCUACCGCACGUGCGUGUGACGUCAUUUUGAGCGUCUGCGCAUGCGCGAGCAGUGAAACCCGGAAGUAACGCACUCCGUUACUUCCUGGUUAUCGUGGAGCUCAACUCGAAGGGGCUCAACCAGAAGCACAUUUAACUCGAGGUAUGACUGUACCUUCUUCCUUUCAGCUUCCAGAUUAUAGAAAAAAGGUUAUAGGCAGGACAGCAGGUAGACUACAGUCUGAGCCUUCAAGUCAUCAGUAUUGGCGGGCAGUGGUGGUGGCAGAAUUUCACUGUAAUUUUGUUAUUAAAAUUGGUUACUCACCUUACUCUUAACGUAAAACCUAAUAGACUUGGGGUAAGGAGGGGGGCUUUCAACUUACCAGGUAUUUAUCAAAUAAAUCACUGUACAUUUUGGAUGCUGAAAUUUAAUGGAAAUGCUUUCACGUUUCCUGUCAUAUGGCUGAAAAUAAAAACUCAUAGCAAAAUGCUAACAUUUUUAAAGCCUUUUUUCACUUGUUACAACUAUUUCCCUUUUGCAGGAAAUUCUGCACGCGAAAAAGUAAACAACCGUAUGUAUUACAUUUGUUUUAUACUUUAAUUUACUUAAAGAACAAAAUUCAAAUUCAGUGAAACUUUUUUAUUUUUUAAAAAAUAGGCUAUUCACGAUGGCAUCCAACCUCUAAAUUCAAGUUUAUAUGUGAUGACUUCUGCAUCGCUGUUGCAGUUUUAAGGCCAUUAUUAAUGUUUGUAGCAUUUGUAGCUGUUUACAUCUUAAAACUCCAUUAUCCAGGUUUAGUUUUUAAUACUAGGGUAGGUUACUGA